GCAUCCAUGAGCACGGCGAAAGUAUACUGUGUGAACGGACAACCAAGCUCUGGGGCAUCCAGCCUUCCACAAUGGAUUUCCAAGCGUAGAUUAGCCGCUGAGCGUACUGCAGGGAAAUCGAGAAAACGCUCGAAGGCGAAAGUCAAGGAGAGAGGUCUCGAGGAGUCACAGCUGACACUUAUUCAAGAGUUUGGAUUCCCUGAAGCCUCAAAUAAAGUGAGAACGACGCCUGACGGUGAAUUUGCACUCGCGACGGGCACCUACAAGCCACAGGUGAGGUGCUACGAUUUGAGAGAAUUGGCACUCAAGUGGGAAAGGCACACAUCUUCAGAGAAUGUCGACUUUCAGAUUCUCUCGAACGACUGGACAAAAAGUGUACACCUCCAGAAUGACAGAACAGUUUCAGUGCAUUCGCAAUCCCAGCUUCAUUACUCUAUUAGAGUACCUAAGUUUGGUAGAUCACUCGCUUAUCACUUCCCCUCUUGCGAUACUUUGAUUGGUGGUACUGGAAACCAAGUUUACCGCUUAAAUUUGGAACAGGGUCGUUUUUUGAACCCCUUAGACCUCGAUAGUACCACCGUAGAAGGUAUCAAUGCUGUAGAUGUAAAUCCAGCUCAUCAACUCUGGUCUUUUGGUGUCGAAGGUAGCGGUGCAGGCGUGAAAUUCUGGGAUCCACGCUCUCGCAAUCAAAUCGGAUCUUUGGAUCUUCCAGCAGAAUAUUUACUCGAAGACAACAUAGCAAACCUCGGUUCAGGUCCUUUAGGUGUUACAGCGUUGGCCUCACAUUAUAAUGGUCUCUCAUUAGCAGUCGGUACUUCUACUGGACAUACCUUGCUGUACGAUUUAAGAGCUAGUAAGCCUUUCGCAAGCAAAGAUCAAGGUUAUGGUUUACCUAUCAAGAAUCUUCAAUGGUUAGAGAGUGCAUCUGGCAGAUACGACCAGGCUGAUGGUAAAGUCGCAAGUGCUGAUAGCAAAGUUAUUAAAAUCUGGGACAAGGAAAGUACUGAAAACUAUGUUAACCUUACACCUGAAUCUGAUAUCAAUGAUAUGCACAUUGUACCAAAGACUGGUCUUAUCAUGCUAGCUAACGAGGCACCUGAUAUGUCUAGUUACUACGUUCCUCAACUUGGUCCGGCACCAAAAUGGUGUAGAUUUUUGGACAACAUAACAGAGGAAUUAGAAGGUGAUAUGACUGGUGGAACAGGUCCUUCAGCUUGGUCUGACUACAAAUUCGUCGAUAAAAACGAGCUUGAAAAUCUUAAUCUUGGUCAUCUCGUUGGAACAGCAGCACUUAAACCAUACAUGCAUGGAUUCUUCAUGUCAAGUGAACUUUACAGUACAGCAAAGAUGGUUUCUAAUCCAUUUGCUUACGCUGAACACAGAGAAAAGCAAAUUCAAGAUAAACUGGAGAAGCAAGCUGAAUCUAGAAUACGUAAUGCUACUAAACCAAAUGUUAAAAUUAACAAGAAUCUGGCUGAUAAAGUAAAUAAGAAUGCAACCAAAAAAGGCAAGCAAGAUGAUCAAGCACUUCUCAAUGAUGAUAGAUUCAAGGAUAUGUUCGAAAAUCCUGACUUCGAAAUUGAUGAAGAAAGCAAAGAGUAUGCUCUUCGUAAUCCAGCAGGCGUCAACAAAGGAAAGACUGCUGUUGAACAAGAGGAAGAAGAAAGUGACAGAGAUUCCAUGGAUGAGGAUAUGUCAAAGGAUAGUAGUAGUGAGGACGAAGAUGAACAAGAAGAGCGCGAAGAAAGUGAUGAUAAUAUUAUUUCAGCACCACGUCAAACCAUCGCUGUACCAAAGCAAACGAAACCAAAGGCUAAACCAACUUUGGUUGCAGGUACAGUAUCUGAACAAACAGGAAAUGCUAGCGAUUCAUUUGGCGAUAGACUCAAAGGUAUUGAGAAAAAGCAGCAGGCUAAAAAAGCUGAAGACACAUCAUCCAUCAGAAGAACUGGUGGUGGUGGUAUGGAAAUGGUCUUUCAGCCAAAGACAACAGAAGCCGACGAUUACAAACCUCAACCAAAGAAGCAGAAAGGCAGGGAGCAGUUCGGUCACGGUCUCGAGAAAGGCGCACUUGUACAAGACGAAGGCAAAGACGAGCAAGGUAGAAGUCGACGUCGUAAGAAUGUUAGAAUGGCGUCGAAUAACGCUCUCAGGAGAUAGAUAUUAUAGAAUGAUUUUAUUUAUUAAUGCAUCACAUUUAAUUCGU